UUAGAAGUGUGCGCCUGCGCCGAUGGAGGGAAGUGUUCCAAGCGAAACUGGCGACACUGCAUAGGCAAAGCUUUCCUUUUAGCAUAUUGUUACGGGUUACGGUUUCUGUGUCGAAAGACCGAACGACCUAGGAGUAUUUGUCGAGAUCUUCGCUUAUGGUAGAACACCUGCACUGUGGGAUAAGCCAAUCUGAGCCCGAAACUGAAACGUUGCGGUGGGAUCUGUCAACGCCUCUUUCUGUGUUAUGACAAAUGUUUCUGACGGCUGUUCGUUUCCCGAAGCAUAUCUGACUAUCGAACGAGCACAGUGCCAAAAGCUAGGAGAAAUAAAUUACGGCCCGCCUGUCACGAAUGUUUACAGCCCCGUGGAAUAUGCGGCGGAAACACACGAACUUUAUGUGCGCAAGUUUUGCACAGGAACCAAAGAGGUUUUGUUUUUGGGGAUGAAUCCCGGCCCUUUCGGGAUGGCUCAAAACGGGGUUCCGUUCGGGGACACGGAAUAUGUGCGCAACUGGAUGAAGAUUGAAGGUGAUGUUGGACGUCCCCUGGCCGAACAUCCCAAAAGAAAGAUUCUCGGACUACACUGUACCAGGAGUGAAGUAAGUGGGCAACGUUUCUGGGGCCUCUUUUCCAGCCUGUGCCCAUCUCCGGAGACAUUCUUCGAGCACUGCUUUGUGCACAACUAUUGUCCCCUGGCCUUUCUCACCUCAUCUGGCUCCAACAUAACACCAAACAAACUUCCCCUGGAGGCUCGACGGGCGUUGCACGUCUGCUGCGAUGGUGCGCUGCUCAGUGUUCUUGUCCUGCUACGACCCAAACUGGUGAUUGGUGUUGGACGUUAUGCCAGGGAGCGUACGCUCAAUGCCCUGAAAGGGGCAUUGGGGCACGACCUGGUCGAUUGGGACAUGAAAGUUGCCUCAGUGACGCAUCCCAGCCCAGCGAGUCCAAGGGCAAAUAAGGGCUGGAAGGACUUGGCACUCAGGGAACUGGACCAGCUUGGGGUAUUGGCAUACUUUGAUUCACCGUAGCGAGUAUUAUUCCCCGUUAUUUAUUUUGGCCAGCAUUACUAUUGCGGUUUUUGUAUUUCCAGGAUAUGUAUCGAUUAUGACACGUUGCAAUACCGCUUUAGCGGUCCUCUCUGUGCACUGGUAAUGUAUGCCAUACAACCUGUAUGAUGUACCCAUACCCACAAUGGUGUACCUUCCUAGGGCCUAAAAUUAAGCGGAAAAAAAUCUGCGGUAAAAACCCCUUACUUUCCCACAAAGAACGUAAUGCUCGAAGGAUGAGAAAUAAAAACUUUAUUUUUAAGAUGA